AUGCGACAACGGCGUCGGGUAGAGUUACUCAACGAUAACGAGUGUGAUAUUCGUUAUCACCCUGGUAAAGAAAAUGUUGUUGAGGAUGCGCUCAGCAGGAAAGAGCAGGAGAAGCCUCUACGUGUGCGUGCUUUGGGCUUGACCAUACAGACGAGUUUGACUGAUCAAAUUCGUAAUGCGCAACGGGAAGCUUUGAAGGAUGAGAACCUGAGAAGAGAAGGUUUGAGAGGAUUAGAACGCGAACUGAUACCAAAAGCGGAUGAGGUGAUGUAUUUCAUGAACCGGAUUUGGGUUCCGCGUAGAGGUAACCUACAUGAACUGGUUAUGAACGAAGCUCAUAAGUCCAGAUAUUCCAUUCACCCAGGUUCUACCAAGAUGUAUCAGGAUAUCAAGGAGUUAUACUGGUGGCCGAAUAUGAAGAGAGAUAUUGCUGUUUAUGUGGGAAACAUACAAUACGGAGAAGAUAUUGCAGUUGUACCUCAACGAGAUUGUAGCCCGUCAUGGAGUACCGGUGUCAAUUAUCUCGGAUAG